GCCCCCCCGCAGGCCCUCAGCUACUCAAGAGACGCCGGCUGCGGAUUGAAGAUGAUGACGAUGAUGACUAAGCGGGCAGAGAGAGGUAGAGGCUGGAGGUUGGCCCGUGAACCCGGCCCCCAAACCUUCCCUUGGGCCACCUCCCUGUCCCUCCUCUCGGUGCGAGGCCCCAGGCCGUCACUUCUUCUUUCUCAACACCAUUUCCUGCAUCUCCCCAGCUGCAGUUGAGCCUCGUGGGGAAAGCGGGGCCAAGGUGUUCGGUGAAAGAGCCGGGCUCACCCACCUCCCCCUGCCAGGAUGGCCAGGCAGGGGACGAGGCAGAGUGGAGGGGGCCUGAGGGGCUUAAGAUCUCUCUCCCUCCCGGGCUCAGCCGCUCCCUCCACCUGUACACCCCUCUCAGGGGAGGGGGCCUGGCCUCUGCCCGGGGUGGGUUGUCUGGUAAGGCUGAGAGCUGUUCCUUGUUCAAGUUUCGUUAUCAAAUUAAAUUUUGCAAUUGAAAUUGCAGCCAAACAGGUGUCUGGGGCGCCCGCCUGCCCCAUAGUCAUGCAUGUAUCCAGGCACACACCCUCCCACCCCUCCAAGCCGGGGUCUGCGGUGUGGCCCCCGUGACGGCGAGGCUGCAGAGUAGAAAGCUCUGGUACUUGUUGCUGGGCAGAGGAGCAGGGGGCAAGGUCCAGGCCAGUGCGAGGGCAGCAAAUAUUUGCCCAGGUCCUGGGGGCAGUGGGGGCUACGGCCGGUGUUUAGUGGGGAGCCCAGAGAGUCAGGCUAGCGAGGGCUAGGGCCAGCGGCAGACUGGGGGGUCCAGCUUCGUCCUGAUUGUGCUUCGUGGAAACAAUGAGGACCGGGCCCUCCGCCCCUGCCAUGGCCUGGACUCUACUUACGUGGUGCCUGCUGCUGGGCCCAAGCUCUGCCUCCAAGACGCCCGCCCUACCCCCGCAGCCCCUGUCCUGCCCGGCCCUGCUGCCUUCGGCCUUGCCCUCCCUCCCACUCCUCGCUCCCCUCCCUCGCUACCUGGUCAGCCUGGCCCUGACCGAGGCCCUGGAGCAGGCCGGUUGCCUGGCCGAGGCCCGCGGCCUGCGGCUGCGGCUCGUCGCACAGGCGGGCCCGGAGGCCGCCGAGACCUUCGGCCGCCGGCUGCGGCGACCGCGGGGGGCCGGUGGGGAUGGAGGCGCGGGGGCCGCCGAGGCCCUGUCCUACAACUUGCGUCGGCUGGGCCGGCCAGAUGGAGGGAACGGCUGCCCCGGGUUCGAGCCGCUGGACGGGGCCCGUCUGAUCGGUCCGGUGCUCAGCGCCCACUCUGCCCUCCCUGCGGCCAAGGCCGCCUGCCGACGCCGGGGCGCCUCGUGCGCUGGCAUCUCGGCCGUGCCCGGGGAAGCGUUCCUCACCGUGGGGCAACGGGGAAGCCGCUUCGUGCUCAGGCCAGGGGCCCGGACCUGGCUGUGUCGGGGUGGCGGAGGGCGGCGAUGGGGCCGGGGGAGGCGAGCGGUCGACAUCUGUGUGUCUGAGAAGGAGCGGCGUGUGUUCGAUGUGGUGCAGUGGGUUCCGGGGGUGCACGCCUACUACAGCCUGGGUACGGCCCUCUACUACGGGGCCCGGGGCUGCUCCGAGGCCGCUUGGGCCCGGGCCCGGGAGGCCGCCCUGGAUCUGGGCUACUCUGCCGUGGUGGAGGUGAGUGGGAUGGCCGGGGGCCCCGUGGGCGUGGGGGUGAGUCUGGCCCUCAGGCCCGCGGUGCAACAGUUGGUCCGGCACUGGUUCACAGAGGGGAAAGCAGCGGGCAGUCCUGCGUUGGCUGCGGGCACGGGCCACCCCUGGGAGGGGACCGCAGCGGCAAUGCCCGCAGUGGGGGGGACUCCACCCGUGGACGGUUACUGGCAGGGGGCCGUGGGGGGGACCCUAGCUUUGGACGGUGGGGAGGUGAGGCCCACUGAGGGCAGCAGUCCAGAGGGCUGGAAGGGCUUCUGGAAGCGACUGGGGCGUUGGAGGUGGUGAGAAAAAAAACACACACACACCGAUACCUCCGUCUCCCGCCCACCCACCCUCGUACCCACAGCCUUGCGUGAGGCCUGCGGGUCUCUCUCAUCCCUAAUGGCCACGGCCUUGGCCUCAACCCCAUAAGCGCUCGAUAAAUCCCACCCAUCGAUCGGGUGAUGGAUUGGCCCAAAUGAAGCCGAUAUGGAAAGCUCUCACUACAUUGCUGGGUCCAAAUAAAGGCUGAGCGCUUCGUACAGUGCUCUGCGCAUAGCGCUCAAUAAAUACGAUUGAUGACGAUGGAGAAGCAGCGUGGC